UUUGUAACAUUUGGCUCAUUGAUUGUCUCGGGAGUGAGCAAAGGAGGGAGCCAGAGUCACAAACUCAAAAGCAUAUUUCCUUUAAACUUUUCUCUCUCUUUCUCUCAUUUCCAUUCCCUUAUAUUAUCAGUUUCCUCACCUUCUCCAUUUUUUGACGAGACAGUGUGACGAAGCUGAUCUCUUUGUUUUUUCAGCUGAAAACUACUAGUAUCUUAUAUUUUUUCUUUUUAUUGCGAUUAUCGCGGAAACUGAGAACAUCAGGUUUGUGAUAUUGGUGAGUGUAGGGUUUUGUUGGCAGAACAUCAGGUUUGGCAAUGAAGAAGGUUCCCAAGAACAGCUGCAAGUCUGCAUCGCACAGGCUCUUUAAGGACAAGGCGAAGAACCGUGUGGAUGACCUGCAGGUUAUGUUCCUCGAUCUGCAGUUUGCUAGAAAGGAGAGUCGCACGGUUGAUGCUGCAGUGCUUGAGGAGCAAGUUCAUCAAAUGCUUCGCGAGUGGAAGGCCGAGCUCAAUGAGCCGUCGCCUGCGUCUUCGUUGCAGCAAGGUGGCAGUCUUGGGUCAUUCUCCACCGAUAUCUGUCGGCUAUUGCAGCUUUGUGAUGAGGAAGAUGAUGCCUCUAGUCCGUUAGCUGCUCCUAAGCCUGAACCAAAUGAUCAGACACUACAGGCUGGGGGUAAGGUCGUGUUCCAAGAGGGCCAACAGCAACAUGAUUUCCCGUUGAUUGAUGAGUGCAAAAACUCCACCUCAAUUCAAAAUGCGGCAGCUAACAACCUAGAUGGACAUGCUUUAGAAUAUCAUCAGUUUGAUUUGCAUCAGGACUAUGAUCAUGGCUUUUACACUGGCUUUAAUGGUACAGGUUAUUGUGAGGAGGAGGCUAUUCCUCAUAUAUCUAGCUACCUACCAAGUAUCUGCCCUCCUCCUUCUGCUUUCUUAGGCCCAAAAUGUGCACUUUGGGACUGUCCAAGGCCUGCACAAGGGUUGGACUGGUGUCAAGACUACUGCAGCAGCUUUCAUGCUGCCUUAGCUUUGAAUGAAGGGCCACCAGGCAUGGCCCCGGUUCUACGACCUGGGGGAAUUGGUUUGAAGGAUAAUUUACUUUUUGCUGCCCUUAGUGCAAAGGCACAAGGAAAAGAUGUUGGCAUCCCAGAAUGUGAGGGAGCAGCAACUGCAAAGUCUCCAUGGAAUGCGCCUGAGCUCUUUGAUCUGUCUGUUCUUGAGGGUGAGACAAUUAGGGAGUGGCUCUUCUUUGAUAAGCCUCGUAGAGCAUUUGAGAGUGGAAACAGAAAACAAAGGUCAUUGCCAGAUUAUAGUGGACGUGGUUGGCAUGAAUCUAGAAAGCAAGUCAUGAAUGAGUUUGGAGGGCUGAAGAGAUCCUAUUAUAUGGAUCCACAACCACUGAACCAUUUUGAGUGGCACCUUUAUGAAUACGAGAUUAGCAAGUGUGAUGCAUGUGCCUUGUACCGAUUGGAACUGAAACUUGUUGAUGGUAAGAAGAACUCCAAGACAAAGUUAGCUAAUGAUUCAGUUGCUGAUCUGCAGAAGCAGAUGGGAAGGCUCUCUGCUGAGUUUCCACAUGACAACAAAAGGGCUGCCAAAGGCAGAGCCAAAGUUAAUGCAAAAGUUGGCAUCGGUGGUGUCUAUUCAACUUCACAUAGAGUGACCACACUGAAUGGAGCGUACGAGUAUGGGUUGGCUGCACCAUAUGAAUAUCUUGUUGAGAACAUGGGCGACUACUAUGGGACAUGAUCUAUUUUGAAUGAUCGGCAAUAUGCUGCACUCGACUUGGUUAUACAUUAUUUUGUGCUGGAUUUUAUUUUGCCUGCCCGAUGUUUGGGUAUUUUAUCAUUUUUCUAAGUUACCCGAAAUCAAGGUCAUUUUUUGCCUUGAGAUAUUUUGUGAAUAGCUCAUUCUCACUGGAGUGCAGCAUUAGAAGCUGCUGGAUGCUGAAUUCUAACUGCAAAAUUUGCUGUAUAGUAUAUAUGACGAGCAAUUUGGUGAAUGCUAGAAUCUCAUUAGCAUCACACCCGAAUUGAACUAUCGUUUAGGCUAAAGAUUGCUGUGAUUCAGCUGACUCUAUUUUCCAAAUCAUGCUAAUGUAUGUUGAUUAUUACAGUAUUUUCUGGUAUUAGGUGCUGUGGACAAACCUUCGAAGGAUACAUUAUACUGGCUCAGUAAUAAAAUUGUUUUAGUUCCAUUC